UGUAGUUCUAUAUUUAGCACAGCCGAGUUGCUGAAGAAUGAUAUGCCUGUAGCAGCAAUCAAGACACUUUGUAUGAUCCCAGUUAUCUUGUGCCAAAGUGGAAUGUACUGCUUUUUUGGCCAAAUGAUUGCUGAUGAGAGUGAGAAGUUGUUGCAGUCAGCCUACAACUGUGGCUGGUAUGAGUGCGAUAUUCGCUUCAGGAAUGUAUCAUUCAUCCUCAUGCUGAGAGUAACGUGUCCACUAAAGAUUACAGUUGGAAAAACAAUGUCACUGUCCAGGCAGACCUUCCUUCAGGUGCUGAAUGGAGCAUAUGCAUUACUCAACAUGGCUUACCAUGUCAACAAGUGAAAUAAAACAAGAGGAACAGGCUUACUAUCGAAAAUGACUAUCACUGUACUAUAUUUUUAAGAUGCUUCCUCAUUCUUGCAGAAAAAUUUUAUCUUUACAUGGCUAUUAUCUGUAAAGUAAGGAAAAAAUUUCAUAAAUGAAUGCUAAACAAAUUAAAGCUGUACAAUAUUAUUUUAACAGGCACGAAAUAUUAUGCUUCAAACACUGUACAUUGUAUAUGUUAAUUAUACGAAUGAGCUCCAGUUUUUGAUUUCUUACAUUACAGUGUUUUUCACUUACAGCUUUCU